CCCUCCGGCUCUAUCCUUGGCUCCUCCCCCUUAGCUGCUGUGUUGGACAGGCAGAAAUGACGUCUCUACACAGCCCUUUACCUCAUUUUCACUUCCCAACAUCGCUCACUCCUGGAACUUAUUUUUCAUGGUUAAAAAUUUUAACUACAGAUUCUAGGGAAGCAAAAGAGGUAAGUGAACAGGACCUCAAGACCUCUGCUCUUCAGUUUACACAGACAAGUAAACACACUGAAUGGAAGGAAGCUCAGAUUGCAUUCGGGCUGCCAGGAAAAGCAGGGGUGGAGAGAGAAGGGUAGCAACAGGAAGCCGAAUAGUAGUGAUGUGUGUGUAAUCUUUUUUUUGACAAGUUCAAAGGCAAAUGGAUAGGAAGAUGAUUCCUUGAUAUUGGGCAGGACGUUUGGCUAUUAAAAGAAACUGCGUCACUUUUAGUGGGUGGGAUUAGGCCUCAGACACAAAUUUUCUUAUCCUUUCCUUUUCUCACAACCUUUUUCCAGUUCUUGAUUUGAGCAAAUACCAAGUCAGGUUGAGGAAAGGAAUCUGCUCCGCUAGUGCUGAAAAAAAAAAAAAAAUAAGAAAGAGAAACGAACCUUUUUACAACAAUCUGCAACGGGAUGCCAUGGUGGAGGAGAGCCCAGUCCGGCAGCUCUGCGAUGAAACCACUUGUCCCAUCUGCCUGGAGUAUUUCAAAGACCCUGUGACUAUUGACUGCAGGCACAAUUUCUGCCAGGCCUACAUCACGCAGUGCUGGCAGGAACCUGGCCGAGAGGCCUCCUGCCCUCAGUGCAGGGUACCUUGCCCACAGAGGGACUUCAAGCCCAACCGCCAGCUGGCAAGUAUCGUGGAAAUCGCCAAGAAAUUCCGCCUCCAGAGGACCAGAGGGGCAGAAGCUCUGGGGAAGGUUUGCGAGAGACACCAGGAGCCCCUGAAACUCUUCUGUGAGGACGACCAGGCUCUGAUCUGCGUGGUGUGUGACAAAUCCAAAGAACACAAAGAGCACAAGGUGAUUCCAAAAGAUGAAGCAUUCAGAGAACGCAAGAAGAAAAUUUGGAAUUACCUGACAUUUCUGAAGGAAAAAAGAAAAGAAAUGUUGUCUUGUAAACAGAGAAAGGAGAAUGAAAGCCAAAUGCUGUUGGAAGAGGCAGAAAUAGAGACUCAGAAAAUUAUGGCUGAAUUUAAUCAACUGCAUAUAUUUUUGGAAGAACAGGAGUGCCUUGUGCUGACUAAACGGAAGAAUCUGAGUGAUGAAAUUAAACACAUGAGAAAUAAAAACAUAGAGAAACUCUCUAAGGAAAUUUCCUCUAUGGACGAUCUUAUCAAGGAAAUGGAAGAGAAACAUAAUCAACCAACAAGUGAAUUCCUGCAGAAACUAUGCUGUCUGGACUUCAAGAAAAUAAAGUUUAUGACUUUCAAAGGGUCAUAAGGCAUGAGGACUUUCAAUCUGCAGCAGCUGCCAGAGCUCCAAGAGCCAAGGAGUCCACGAAGAACUGUGAGACUCAGUAGAUCCUCCUUCCUGUUAUUCUGUGAUCAGCCCUUGCAAGCGGACUGUGUGUGGUGGUGCUUCAUCAUGCAAGAAUCGGGUUGUCUGAUCCAUGGACCUAAUGCGCCGAGGAUCUUCAACUGUAGCAAAUAAAGUGGUGAUCAUUCUUGCACAUUCCAGAGAGGAUGACCUUGCACCUUCCAUAUACUUGACAAAGACACAAAAGAGGAUACAAACCAGUCUGUCUCUUGCCACAUCUCUUGGAUUAUAAAACAGGCCAAAAUUGGGGGAGGGGGGAAUCCCACCUAAAUACUUCUUAAGUGUCUCAGGGUUCAGUCUGGGACAGUAGAGACAUGCCUACUCGGAAGGAAUGUAUGCUUCAGGAAACUGGACAUCAUGAAGCCUAAGUAGCAGGGCUCCAUUGACUUUUUUCAUCUUAUUCAGCAUUUAAGAUUAGUUCAGUACAGUUUAGAACGCAGUAGCAAAGCAGCUUUGGCUUAAACACCCACAAAAAAGGAGCCAAACGUAAGACAGAUAAAGCAUAACUACAACUGAAAUAAAAUAAUAUAAUUAAUUAAUUAAUGACAUACGGU